GUACAGUCUGGCGCCGGCGCAGCACCAGCUGCAUGCGCACGCUGGGGGAGAGGGCUUUGGGGCGGGUCCGCUGGAGGGCGGCGGCAAGGCGCUACAGCUGCAGCAGCAGCAGCAGGGGCCCGGCAUGCACUGCCAGGGGAAUUGCAGCUGCAAGGAGUGCUGUGAGGCCAAGCCCCCCUCGGACGCCUGCUGCUGGGGUGCGCCCAUGGACCUCCUACCCGCCAUGGACCGCCCGCGCGACUGCGUGCGCGCGGCGCUGCUCACGGGCGCCAUGCUGCUGCUGGCGGCCGCGGUGCCGGGGGGCUACGAGCUGGCGGGGGCGCUGCUGCGGCACCUGGGGGACACGUCGGCACUGCUGCCGGGGCUGGUGCUCAGAGGUCUGGCACUGGGUGCCGCCUGUGUGGGCAUCGCUCGCGCCGCUGCGGGCUCCCCGGGCUGGCAGCUGCCCGCCGCCACCGCAGGACUGCUGGCGGCCGCAUGCGCCACUGCGGUGGCGGCGCUGCUGCUGCCGCUGCCCUGCGGGCGGGUGCCCUCGGAGGACAUUGCCUUCGACCCGGGCCACUGGGCGGACAAGCUGCAGGCCUUUGCUGCCGGCGGGCUGCUGCUGGCGUCGGUGGGCUACCUGUGGCCGGCUGCGGCGCACUACAAGCCGCGGAAGGUGCAGCUGGGGGUGGGGGUG